UUCAUGGCUCAUCAGUACUGUUUCUAACUCUUGAUGAGUUGUUUCUAAUUUUUUAUAAUUCAAUCCAGUAUUGUUUUCAAGAGAAGUGUUGGCUUAACAGAAAACACGUAUCAACAUAGCUUUUACAUUGGUGGUGUUUGGCUGUGUUCUUUCAUCUGCUAUUCCCUCAUCGAUAUCGAAUUUGAACUGAAAGUGGUAUUAUCUGGUUAUACCACUGUGUGCGUAGUGUGCGCAUUAACGGAGUCAACAUACAUUGCGCAGUUUUUUGUCGAACUCUGUUCCCGUUCGGACUUGGAAAGACACGGAGAUUGAGAGAGAGAGAGAGAGAGAGAGAGAGUGAGAGAGAAAGAAAGAGAGAGAGAGAGAGAAAGAGAGAGAGAGAGAGAGAGAGAGUGAGAGAGAAAGAGAGAGAGAGAGAGAAAAGAGGAGAGAAAGAGACCGAUAUCGAAAGCAGUCGUUGGACUGUUCUACACGCCGAUAAAUCAUAAUCAAAGCCAGCAUAGUUGCAACGGUCGAAAGUGUAAGCGCAAGCUGUAAAUAAAACGGAUCAGCUGAUGAGUGACAGCUGCUUCAGCGGAACAAUCGUCGUCGCCAAGCAGAACAGUAGGGAUUAUGGCACGGGCACGAGAUAUGGUGUCGAGCGUCAGCUCGAAUGGUUCGUCCACGGCGCCCGAAAACUUUCUGCUGUCAUCCGACCUUGACGAUGACAAUAAUCGUUCUGGAUACAAUGUGCUCCGUUGUCCGCUGUGCCAGAAUGAGCGCAGAAGCUUCUACUGCAAACACUGCGUACAGCACGGCGAAUUCGUACACUCGAUAUCAGUCUACUCAGAAAGGUUUAUAGACAAGCAGCAGCGACUAUUUAGAAUACAAAAAUCAACAAGCCAGUUACGAGAUCGAUGUUCAGACGCCUUUGAAAAACAUAGACGACGUGCUGAACUACUCUAUAAUAUAAAUGUUUGCAAAGAAAGAAUAAGACUGUUGAAUGAAAUUAAAAGCGAAACUAGCCAAAACAUUAUUAAAGGUAAUGAAUCGAUUAAUGCUUUAAAGAAAGUCAAUGUCGAUACAGCUCUAAGAUUACCAAAACAUGUAGAGCAAAUAGAAAAAUUACGUAAAAAAGUAACAGAUAUGAAAAUAAAAAAGGAAAAACAAAAAGAGUCUGUAGAAAAAAAGAGACAACAAUUGAAAAAAGUGAUACGAACGGCUGUAAAGCAAUUGAUAAAGUACAUCUUUCCUCUUAGCAUAGUGGAGCCCAGUAAGAGCAACGAAGGUGAUCAAUCUAGUACAGAUGUUGUUACUUCUGCUAUUGCUGAUGCUUCAGGAACAUCAUACGUUCGUGGUAAAUGGAUCAAUGAUACAGAAAAUAGCCUAAAGAUCCAUCAUAAAAUUGUUGCACCAACUCUGCCUGGAUCUGGAGAUUACAGUGCUUAUACUCUAUGGAUGUCUGAAAAUAGAGACGGUGUACCUAGUGGAAAUAAAGGGAAUGUCAUGCACAAUCCUGCAUGGAACACAGUCGCCGCUUUGACGUAUGCUUCACAACUUGUAAAUGUUUUAUCUUACUACCUCAACGUCCGGCUACCAUACAAGUUAGCAUACAGUGAGUUUUGUGGAAGUGAAGUAUCUGAUCAAAAAUUUGCAAAGAAGGUAGCUAGACUCAACAGCAAUAUUUUGCAUCUUUGCUUUACACAAAAUACAGAUACAUCAGUAUUACAACCAAUGCAUACUUUACAAAAUCUUAUGUAUUUACUUAAUACUGAUGUUAGUGAUUUAGGAAGGGUGGGUCCUAUUGUAGUCGACCCUGUUAUCAUCACUAACUUAUACAAUCAGUUAGUUCCCGAUUUAGAAAAUAGCGAUGAUUCUACUUCUGAUGAAGAAGAAGAUGCUUUUAAUUGGGAGUGGGAAGCGGUUCCGAAUAUAGCCUGUCCUGAAAUGGUUAUUCCGAUUCCGGGUGCAAUGAAUAGUCAAUCAUCCAGCAUGCAAGUAAAUCAAAGUGUUGCAGGAGGUUUGGUAACUAGCGCGGCAGCAAGUAUUGCUUCCAUUUGGAGAGGCUGGACAACCAAUUAGAUUUUUAGUUAUUUAGAUUCGAUUUACUGCAGGCAGAAAAAUGUUUAUUAUUUUUUUUUUUAUUCAACGAAACGUUUUCAAGUUUCAACAUUUGAUUAUGAAAUAUUUUCAUACAUGAAGUUUAGAAAAAUUUUUAUAUCUAUAAUUCAUAAUCGGGAAGUCAUUUUUUCCAGUUAAUUCAUUAAUUAUCUUAGUUAAAUUUGUACAUUUUUUCAGUAUAUUUGUAAUUAUAAUGAUAGUCACUAAAGUGAUAGUUAAUUUAAAAAAAAUAUUUUGUAAUAAAUAUUUCUAUGAUUUUAUAUUUCUUUUACAGGUUAAAUUUAAAUAUUUAAGCUGCUGGUUCAUAUUUUGGCAAUAAAUAAGAAACACUAUUUUAUUACUAGAAAAAAUUCGUCUCGUUAGAUUAGAGACUAUUUCGCCGCAAUUAGAACGAUAAGAAUAAUUAUUCUAAAAUAUCUUAAUGAAUAUGUUCAAGAGAAAAUAUUAGUUUUUCAUUAAUUUAACAAAAGCCAUUUAGUCAUUUUCUUUUACAAGUUUACUUGAACUUUAUAUUUAAUUUAAUUGAUAAGAAUGAUUUUUCAUAUUUCAAUCCACAGUGCGCAUUUGUAAAAAGUCCAUGCAAUUCUGACGAUGUACGAUUAGAUAACAGAUAUAUAGUGAACAUAAAUGAAAGUUGUAAAAAAUUAUUUAAGGAAUGUAAACGUCCAAAUUUUAUGAGAGUGAAAUGACUGUUGACCGAUCGAAGAGUGUGAAUAAUUCCAAAUGCAUCGAUCUAUAAAAAAAUUAAUAUUAUUUUUGUACAUCUAGAUAAUAAUCCAGAAAAUGUUUAAUAUUUUAAAGUCUAAUAACUGAAUUCAGGAGUAAAAUAAGUGAUGAAUGGAAGUAUCAGUAAAUAAUAUAACUUUAUUAAAAGAAAUCUACCUGAAACCAUGUACAAUUCAUUUCAUUUAUAGAAGAAGCAAAUAGAUAUUAAAAAUAAGAUUUUUAACAUAAAAGUUAAAUGUGAUGAAACGUAUGCAAAAGUUGUACGAAAAAAUUUAUUACCUGCUAUCAAUACAUGAUUACUUGUGUAAAAUGAAUGAUUAUCACAACUAAAUAUAUUCAAAAUAAUAUUUUGAAAUAUAAGUCUGAAAAUAAUAAAUAUAAUUGAUGUACAUGAAAAAUAAAUUAGUCUUAGUGAUAAUAUUAGUAAUAUUAUGACAAUACGCCCGUAAUAAAAUAACAAUUUUGUGCGCGAAAAGCAUCCAUAUUUAAAUAAAACUGUUACAUACACACAAUGUCAUAAAUAAAACUCAUCAUGGAGGUUUAUAAAUGAAAUUUAAUAAUACUUAAAUAAAAGUAUGAACUACAUUUUCUACGUGGUCAUCAUUUGAUUAUACAUCUAAAGUUAUAUUGCGAUAAAUAACAUUAUACAGCGUUAUUUUUCAUGUACAUCGAAUGUAUUAUUGACAUGUACAUAUAAAAAAGACAAAAAUUAGUUAUAUUGUCUACAUUUAAUAGAAAUAUUAGCACAAAAUUAAUUAAGUUCUAGUUUUUUGCAAAUGUAUCACAAUUCAUAUCAAUAGUUUAAGAUUAUACAAUACAAUAUACGACCGAUAACAAUAAAUGAUCGAUACUACAAUUUUGUAAAUAUCUAAUCUGAAUUCUUAAGUAAAUGUUAUAGUUAACGUGAAUUUAGAGUAACUUGACUUGCUUCAAGAAUAUCGAUUAAAAUGUACGAUAUGUACAUAUGUUUCAUGCAAGCCUUUAAGUGGCUACGUUUUAUUUAAACAAACUUCAAUGUGAUAUCUUUGACAAACUACAAUAUUUAAAAAAAAAAUUAGCUAUUGUAUGUUAUAAUAAAAUAUAAUACGUGGACGAACUUUGACUUUAAUUUUUCCUACUCCUCGGAGAUUAUUGAAAAUGAAAGAGAAUGAAUCUUAUACUUUUGCCAUAAUAUUAACAUACCUGCAGAGUUUGAUAGUUAU